ACCAAGCACUCCUGUAUAUGAAGCCCCUUUCUAAUGGUGUACAAGUUAGGUGCUGAAAAGCAGAAGGCUCUCGGGGGCCAUCUCAGUCCAAGUACAACUUCCCAGCACCUCUGCCUUGAUGCCUGGCCUGUUUCUUGAAGACAGGAGUAAAGGUCAGCUUGAUUUCUUGUCUUCUCUUGACUUGUCAGGAGGCAAGCUGGGAAAGAUACCCACGAGCAGGCUCUAAUAUACAGGCAGGUGAAAUUCAGUGUGAAGUGAUGAACAUGAGUGUGCAAACCUGAUUUGCUGGUGUGUAUGAUGGGCCCUGAACUAGAUUUCACCAUGCAGCAGCAGAACCUUAGAGCUGAGCUAAGUUGCUUCUGUGAAACCAUUAGCUCUGGGCUUGGCAGAGGUCAGAAAAAGCAAAUUGAGUGUGAGGAGCUGUUGGGUUGGGAACAGGGAAAGGAGGUCACAUCUUGCCCUGUGCAAGUCCCUGAUGUGCCUGGCUCUCAAACAUGGCACAUCAGGGCUGACCAGUGUGGCAAAAGGUGUCUGUCUGUGUAAGUGGCAGCUCUGUAGUUGCUUUGACCUGAAAAGCUCCUUAAUUUAAGUCUAAAUGUGGUAAGAACUGUGGAGAAGAUUGGGGAACAGCAUGUGGUCUUCUCUGGUGCAAGUAGUAAGGGUCACCCAGAGGAGCCAUCAAUUAGCAGAUUUGGAGCAAACCAGGGGAAGGACUUCGUCAAUGUAACUGGCAAACCAUUCUAUUCCCUGCCACUGGCCACUGUACCUGUUAAAUUAAAAGCUGACAUGGCUUCAAAAAGCAAUUAGACAAAUGCAUGUGAGAAAAUUCUGCUGAGGGCUAUUAAAUACAAAGAGAAAACGUCUGCCUUGGGCAGCUCUGGAGUCGCACAUGCCACAUCUGUGGGAGAACACACCUUGAAAGUGUGGCUUGUUGCACUCUUAGAUUUUUCUGAAGACAUCCAGAUGUCAUCCUGCCCAACUGAUGGGUUGUCAUCUCCUUUCUUCUCUUUCCAGGUUCAGCACAAUGAGUUGGCACUCUGGGCAUUAGCAGUGUGAGGAGAAUAGGACAGGUGCUGCCUGCUCACCCCUCAGCCUCGCUCAUUCCCCUUGAGGAGACGGGUGCUGGCGUCCCUGCCCUGCCCUUCCACCCCUCGCUCCCCGCUCGCCGUAGAGGGGACCGGCCCGUUAUGGCUGGGGACAGGCUCCCACGCAAGGUGAUGGACCCCAAGAAGCUGGCCAGCCUCCUGAGGAACGGAGCAGAGGGCACCCUGGUCAUCGACAGCCGCUCCUUCGUGGAGUACAACUCCUGGCACGUCCUCAGCUCCGUCAACAUCUGCUGCUCCAAGCUCGUCAAGAGGAGGCUCCAGCAGGACAAGGUCUCCAUCACGGAGCUCAUCCAGCCUGCCUCCAAGAUGAAGGUGGAGGCGGAGGACCACCAGGACGUGGUGGUCUAUGACCAGAGCACACGGGAUGUGACCGGCUUGGCUGCUGACAGCUUCCUCUCCAUCCUCCUGGGCAAGCUGGACAGCUGUUUCCACAGUGUCUCCAUCCUCACAGGAGGCUUUGCCACCUUCUCAUCCUGCUUCCCAGGGCUCUGUGAGGGGAAGCCAGCUGCCAUCCUGCCGAUGAGCAUCUCCCAGCCAUGCUUGCCUGUGGCCAACGUUGGCCCCACACGCAUCCUGCCACAUCUCUACCUGGGCUCCCAGAAGGAUGUCCUGAACAAGGACCUGAUGACACAGAACGGGAUAAGCUAUGUCCUAAAUGCCAGCAACUCCUGUCCCAAGCCAGAUUUCAUCUGUGAUAGUCACUUCAUGCGCAUUCCUGUCAAUGACAACUACUGUGAGAAGCUGCUUCCCUGGCUGGACAAGUCCAUUGAAUUCAUCGACAAAGCUAAGGUGUCCAGCUGCCAGGUGAUUGUGCACUGCUUGGCUGGGAUCUCCCGGUCAGCCACCAUUGCCAUCGCCUACAUCAUGAAGACCAUGGGUAUGUCAUCAGAUGAUGCUUACAGGUUCGUUAAGGACCGUCGCCCAUCCAUCUCGCCCAACUUCAACUUCCUGGGCCAGCUCCUGGAGUACGAGAGGAGCCUGAAGCUCCUCAAGGCCCUCAAGUCAAAGGGUGACUGGGGCGAGGGGGACACCCAGCAGGACCCAGCAGAGGUGGCUGAGAGCAGCCGGCAUCCCCUAACACCUACCUCAGAGAAGGCCGAGGACGUGCCGAGGAGCACCGGCUCGGCGUCCCCCACCAGUGACCCCGAGCGGCAGGGCGGGACCCCGAAGGUCCUGUCACCCACCACCCUGCAGCAGGGGCUCAAUGGCUUGCACCUCUCCUCCGAGCGCAUCCAGGACACCAACCGUCUGAAACGCUCCUUCUCCCUGGACAUCAAGUCCGCCUACUCCCCCGGCCUGCGGCAGGACCCCCCUGGGCCCUCUGGACCUGGGGAAGCCCCCAAACUCUGCAAGCUGGACAGCCCCUCGGGCUCGGGCAGCCUCAGCCCCUUCUCCCCAGGGGCGGACAGCCCCGACCGGCCCACGGGGCCCGAGCUCCUGCUGGAGGCCAAGGUGAGGCAGCGGCGGAAGCACCGGCACGCGGCGGGCUCGCCGGCCCACGGGCUCAGCCUCAACGUUGGCGGGACCUGCGCCACGCGCAAGAGCCCCGGCGCCGAGGACGGGCUGCCACCACGGCUCCGCCAGCCGCCCGCCGCGCCCGCCACCGCCACCGCGGCCUGGAGCGGGGUGCACCUGGAGUCCCCCAGCUCUGCCUCGGGCGAGGCUGGCUGGUUCUUCGGCAAGGACUCCGGCAGCGGCGGCGGCAGCGGCGGGGGCCUGUUCGCCAGCGCGGGCCCGUACCCUGCGCCAUUCGGCUGCGGCACCGUGGCGGCUGGCUGCGAGAUCAGACUGAGGGACAAGGCGCGCGCCGAGCCACGGGACGGGCGGCACAGCUGGCAUGAGGAGGCCGGCGCCGAGAAGCAGUUCAAGCGGAGGAGCUGCCAGAUGGAAUUCGAGGAGACCAUGUCCGAGGGCAGGGCUCGGGAAGAGCUGGGCAAAAUCAGCAAACAGUCCAGCUUUUCGGGCAGCAUGGAGAUCAUCGAGGUGUCCUGACACUCACUGGGGGUGCCU